AUGCGCGCUUCGAUCUCGGCGGGCGAGCGGAUCCACGUGCGAGAUACAGCCCAGCUUGUGAUAGAGGGAAAAGGAAACGAUCGCAAAUUGCUAAUCGUCCGUGUUGAGACUCGAAAUCCACCCAAAAUCGCCUCGCGAAGGUCGGAGGGGUCUCCAGGUCUUGGUUCCUAUAAUCGCGCGUUUGCGACUACAGUUGGUGGGGAAUCGGAGGCGGAAUCACGGCGAGUCGAGUCACGGGUGUAA